CAACAACAUAACGUCGGCCUUCAUCUGUCAUUUGCCAAAAAACGUCCUAAUGAAAGGAAAAGUACGUAACAAGUCUUAUGGUUACCAAGUAAUCAUAUGAGAUUUCCUAGAAACAAUUUUUGGAAUGCUCCGCUAUCUUUCACAAAGAACAACCAAGGAGCUACAAUUUAUUGACUGGAGACGGGUAUUGGUUAAGGCUGGAAAUGGUGGAGAUGGAUGUGCUCACUUGCUAAGAACUGCAGGGAACAGGAAAGCUGGGCCUGAUGGUGGUAAUGGUGGAGUAGGUGGUAAUGUUGUUUUGGAAGCAGAUAUUUCCAUCAAACAACUACGACACGUCAAGAAAUAUUCAAAAGCGGAGAAUGGUGGAAAUGGUCAGACAAAAGCAUGCCAUGGAAAGAAUGGGAAACAUCUUAUUGUGAAGGUCCCACUAGGCACAACUGUGAAGUGCAAUGGAGAGGUGAUUGGGGACAUGAAGAACCAUCAAGAACAGUUUAUUGUGAGCAAUGGUGGAGCAGGGGGUUAUGGAAACAUUUACUUUAAAUCCUCAUUAAACCGUCGACCAUUGGAGUGUACUGAUGGAGAGUCUGGAGAGGAGAAGGUGGUGGAACUAGAAUUGAAGACUAUUGCUGAUAUUGGCCUGGUUGGGUUUCCCAAUGCAGGCAAGUCAACAUUAUUAAGAGCAAUAUCUAAUGCAAAGCCAGCUGUGGCUGCGUAUCCCUUCACCACACGCAAUCCAUAUGUCGGCAUGGUGGAGUUUGAAGAUUAUCUUCAAGUUGCAGUUGCUGAUAUUCCCGGUUUGAUUGAAGGAGCUCACAUGAACAAAGGCUUGGGUCACUCGUUCCUACGGCAUAUUGAAAGAUGUCGUUGUCUAUUGUACGUAACAGAUAUUUCUCAGGACAAUCCAGCAUCACAUCUUCGUAUGUUGAAGAAAGAACUUGAUCUUUACAAAACUGGCUUAUCAUCUUUACCCGCUGCUGUUGUGGCGAAUAAAAUAGAUCUUUUGAAAGAUUCAACGAACCUUGAGACACAAUUUAAACAUAUACCUCUACCGUUCAUUGCAGUAUCAGGAAAAUUAGGGACGAACAUUGCAAACCUAAAAGUAUUUAUUCGAAAGUUAUAUGAACAUGGUUUGAAUAAAUAUGAAUUGUUCGGUGAAACGUAACGAAAGUAUUUAACUGUUUAGUAAACAAGAAAUAUAAAACGAACUGUGAGUUCAUGUUCAACGUUGCUUAUAUCUGUAAAACAACAUUUGGGA